AUGAACGUCCGUGAAGAUCAGUCCAUUAGGUUGAAGUUGCAAGCUUCGUGUGUAUUAAAAGAUUCAAAUAAACAAACACUUCAGAUGACCUUGAAUCGCCUUUUAUCGGAUGUCGAAAAAAGUGAAACCAUUAAAGAGUAUAAAUCAGCAGAAGCAUCACGUCCAUUGUUCCUUAAUGAAUCGUGCACCUCUCAUGACCGGUCUAAUCUUUCUUCAGAGCGGUCGAGAUUCCGUCAUCGAUCGAAUUCUUCGCUGAGUGCAACCAUGGAAAAAGGCAAACAAAGAGAGCGGGAAACCGCUGCUGUCGCUUCUUUGCCCGCUACAACAUUGGCUAGAAUUUCCCGGAUUGAUUCUCGUUCGGAAAAGAAAUCAUUCAUCUCCGAGAUAUCCAAACCUUUAUAUUCUCGAUCUGGAAGCACUCUCUCGGAAAUGAGUUCAAAGGAAUCAUCUUCAAGGGUUUCUCUUGAUGGCAGUGUAAUCGGUGAGAUGAAGAGAUAUAAGGAAUCCGAGGUACGAAGAUAUAAUCGCACGUUGUGCGAUGAGGUUGCUAAUGUUGGACGUGAAGACUUUUCCAUAAACAAUUCAUUUGAGAAUCGCCGAAAAAUUUUGCUCGAAAGCAUGCAAGAAGGGAACGCGGUGAUCUCAAGAAUCAUAAAAUCUAACGAAGGGAUGAUUAAAAAGAUCGACGAAAUAUUGACUGAAGUACUUGUUGUUAUUUGCUCUUGA